AUGGCCAAGACAUACCGGAUCGCCACUAUCCCCGCCGACGGCAUUGGGCCCGAGGUCAUUGAUGCUGGCGUCGAAGUUCUCCAGGCGCUGGCUGACAAGCUGCAAAGCUUCAAGCUAGACUUUACGCACCUUGACUGGAGCUCCGAGACUUUCAAGCAGACGGGCAAGUACAUUCCUGAUGGUGGAUUGGAGGAAUUGAAGAAACAAGAUGCUAUUCUGUUUGGAGCUGUGGGAGCGCCUGAUGUCCCGGAUCACAUCUCCCUUUGGGGCCUCCGCCUCGCUAUCUGCCAGCCCCUCCAGCAAUAUGCUAACGUGCGCCCCACCCGUGUUCUUCGUGGUACACAGUCGCCUCUCCGCAACUGCAAUGUUGGAGACCUCGACUGGGUGAUUGUUCGCGAGAACAGUGAAGGAGAGUAUGCCGGACAAGGUGGGCGCUCCCACCGUGGACACCCCUGGGAAGUUGCGACUGAGACGGCCAUCUUUUCCCGUCACGGUGUGGAACGUAUUAUGCGCUUCGCUUUCGAGACGGCCGCCAAGAGGCCAAGGAAGCUGUUGACUGUUGUGACCAAGAGCAAUGCGCAGCGCAAUGGUAUGGUUCUAUGGGAUGAGGUCGCGAACAUUGUUGCCAAGGACUUCCCCGAGGUCACGGUUGACAAGAUGCUCGUUGACGCCAUGACGACGAGAAUGGUUCUUAAGCCCGAGAGUCUUGACACAAUUGUUGCUAGCAACUUGCACGCUGAUAUCCUGUCCGAUCUUGCUGCUGCCCUCGCUGGAUCUAUCGGUAUCGCGCCCACCUCGAACCUCGACCCAACACGCCAGCACCCGAGUAUGUUCGAACCCAUCCACGGCUCUGCGUUUGACAUUACCGGCAAGGGCGUCGCCAACCCAGUCGCUACAUUCUGGACGGCCGCAGAGAUGCUAGCCUGGUUGGGCGAGGAAGCCGCCUCAGAAAAACUGAUGCAGUGCGUUGAAAAAGUGUGCGAGUCUGGUGUCCUGACAGCAGAUCUCGGCGGAACCGCCAAGACCGUCGAAGUGACGGCUGCCGUUGUCGAGGAGAUCAAGCGCAUGAACUAA